UGUUUCAGAUUAAUUGAACAACCACAUGGUCUGCAGUGGUCUGUAGUCUGUAUUGAAGUUUAAAAGGUUAGAACAUUGAUUACAACAAACUGUCAACAUGGAUAUUGCACUGAAGAAAGAGUACAUGAAGGCAAAGAAACUUGCGCAUCCCAAUAGUAGGAAGUCCAUUGCCAUUGCAAAAAGAACCAAGAAAAUAUCAAACAGACAGAAAGCAAAAUUGAGUGGAUUGAUAAAGCAGAAUUUAAUAGGAGAGAAAAUGAUGUGGAUGAAAGAGCACAUGGUCCCAGAUGUAUGUCCCUAUACUCCAGAAUUAACUGCCAGCCUAUUAGAAACGUACAUAGCAAGGAAUGACGAAGAACUAGAACAGAUUUCUAUAAAACGUUCUAUAAGUAAUAAAAGGAACAGACAGCAUGCAAGCAGGGAAGAUGUGAUCAGGAUGACCAAGGAACGUGAACAGGAAGAAUAUAACACUUGUGGAAUAGAAAUUACUGAUAUUUUAAAUGCAAACCAAUGUCAGAUGCUAAGAAAAUGGAAUGGUGAAUUAAAGUAUAUGACUAAUUUUAAAUUCAGAAGAUUUGGUAGAAAACAUUUGAAUGAAGCUUUACAGAAAGCCAAUGAGCCACCAAAGGAACACAUAAAGAAGAAUGUACAGACUAAAAUGUCUGAUAAGUCAGAAAGUUCUUCAGAAGAGGAUAAACUUGAAAAUAUAGAGGAUUCUUCCCUAAACAAAUCAACAGAAGAUGAUCAACCUACAGAUUCUGGCAUGGAAGUAGAAUAAAUGUUAUAUUCUUCGUUUUUUAA